AUGGCCAGCACCGGCGAAGACACCGAUGAACAUGCAACAGAGAAUGUGCGGCGGACGUUGAUGGCUCCGGAUGCCGGCUGCGUGGAGGUUUGGUCGCCGCGGUCGAAUCGAUGGAAGCGCGUGCACCUGCUGGCUCGGAUGGACCUCAGGUGGAUCGGCGCAAAGGGCGACGGAGUCCUGCCAAAGGACACCAAGGCCUGGGUGGGCAAGGGGCACAGCAUGGCGCUGGUGCGGGGCCGCACGGAGGUGAUCCACACGGAGGGGGACUGCCAGUGGGCGGUGCAGCUUGGAGAGGACAAGCAGGAGUUCAGGGCGGAGACCGCCGACGAUGCGGCACACUGGGUGGCUGCCUUGCGAUGGCGAGUGCGGCCAUGGAUCGAUCUGCUGAACAGUCGGGUGGGCGCCGGCGUUGGACUUGAAAAUUUGCCGGAGAGAGAGCCGACGGGCUGGCCCCUCCGCGUGCAUCAGCUGGCCACUGCCCAGUCGGUUGUCAGCGUGCUGAACACCGCCGGAGCGAUUGCGAAGGACGCCCUGGGCACCCUGCCCGUCGUCGGUCCGGCCCUGUCGGUGCUGGGCUUCGCCCUCGAGGUGGCGGGAAGGGUCAAGUCCGACGUGGACAACCUCCAGCCGGCGCGAACGACGCUCUCGCGAGUCGCGGAGCGCACCGUGGAGACGCUGCAGCGUGCUGUGCAGGGCCGGGCGGAGAGUCGGUUUGAGGAGCUGUCAGAGUUGCUGGGUGUGAUAGAGGAGGGCGCCCGACAACUCGAGAGUUUCGAGUACCAGUCAACGGUGCAGAUGACCGUACAUGGGGUAUUCAAGGGAAAACCGGGGCCGUCUGCAGUUCUGAAGCUCGCAUCAGAGUGCGAGCUGCGGUUGUCAGCAUACGAGCAGCACGACACGAACAAGGCUGUCCAGGACAUGCCAGAUCGUUUGGAAAGCACUU